AUGUCCACCUCUCCGCGUGAUGCUCAGGUGGCCGGCGAGGAGGGCCCUGUGGCGAGGUCGAUCAGAACGAAGCUUUCCUCCGCUCUACAGCCCUCGGAGCUGACUAUCACAAACGACUCGUGGCAGCACCGUCAUCAUGCCGCGAUGAGGGCGCAGGGCGGAGGCUCUGGAGAAACCCAUUUCUCCGUCCAAGUCGUUUCAGAGCAGUUUCGGGGCAAGACCACAAUGCAGCGUCACAGGUUGAUCUAUUCUACGCUCUCGGAGGAACUCUCUCAGGGCCUGCAUGCGCUCUCGCUGAAAACAAAGACCCCGGAGGAGGUGCAAUCACAAAGCGCUUCGUAG